AUGUUUAACUCUAUUAAAUCUGAUAAAACUUCAACGCAAAAUAGUUCACCAAAACCCCAUAAACACCACAAGCACAAAGAAGAUACCAAAGGUAAAUCUAAAGAAUCAGAUAAAUCUCCAAAGCACAGUGAUUCAUCAAAAAGUUCUACACAGAGUAAGAACAAAGAAGAUACCAAAGGUAAAUCUAAAGAAUCAGAUAAAUCUCCAAAGCACAGUGAUUCAUCAAAAAGCUCUACACAGAGUAAGAACAAAGAAGAUACCAAAGGUAAAUCUAAAGAAUCAGAUAAAUCUCCAAAGCACAGUGAUUCAUCAAAAAGCUCUACACAGAGUAAGAACAAAGAAGAUACCAAAGGUAAAUCUAAAGAAUCAGAUAAAUCUCCAAAGCACAGUGAUUCAUCAAAAAGCUCUACACAGAGUAAGAACAAAGAAGAUACCAAAGGUAAAUCUAAAGAAUCAGAUAAAUCUCCAAAGCACAGUGAUUCAUCAAAAAGCUCUACACAGAGUAAGAACAAAGAAGAUACCAAAGGUAAAUCUAAAGAAUCAGAUAAAUCUCCAAAGCACAGUGAUUCAUCAAAAAGCUCUACACAGAGUAAGAACAAAGAAGAUACCAAAGGUAAAUCUAAAGAAUCAGAUAAAUCUCCAAAGCACAGUGAUUCAUCAAAAAGCUCUACACAGAGUAAGAACAAAGAAGAUACCAAAGGUAAAUCUAAAGAAUCAGAUAAAAAAUCGGAGAAAAAGCCAAAAAAUUCAGACUCGUCUCAUCAAAAAAGUCAUAGAACUCCAAUAUAA